UCAGAACUCUGUGAGACUUCCACUCAGCAGCAGCAGCAGCAGCAGCAGCAGCAGCAGCACACAAAGGGCCCAGCAGGACUGCAGCGAACGCCUGGCUGGAUCCCCACUCAUGCCGUGGAAAAGACCCAGAGAAGCAUCCUAAAGCGAGGGGAGAGAGGAGAGACCAAACGGAGGAGGGGCAAGCUUCAGUUUGACAGGAGGAACAAUCUGGAUAAAAUGGUGACCCUUCAAUCUCUGUACCUAGCCAUCACAGUGCUGCAGGUGUGGUUGCUCCGCCUGGCCCAUGGCGGGGCGUAUUAUGGGCAUAAACAGCAGCCUCAGCAGCACCAGCCUCUGCCACAAUACAAUGAUGGGUUUCCCCAGCAACAGUUUCUGGGGAAUGAGAUGCCACACCUGCCUUAUGGCAAAGAAGUGCCAUUAAUGCCUCAGUAUGGAAAAGAGUUUCCUCAGCUGCCUCUGCAAAAGGGAAAAGAGAGACCACUGACAGACAGCAAAGGACCAGCUUUCCCCAGAGGAGCAAAAGGUCCACCUCCUCCUGGUCCAGGUGGAGAAGGUGUCCGAGAGGGACCACAAGGACUUCAGGGCCCACCAGGAUCCCCAGGACUACCAGGACCACCAGGCCCCUCUGGGAUACCAGGCCAGGGACUGCCAGGUUUGCCUGGAAAGCCAGGACCUCCUGGUCCACAGGGGUAUCCAGGAAUUGGAAAACCUGGUAUGCCAGGAUUGCCAGGAAAACCAGGAGGACCUGGACUACUGGGACCAAAAGGGGACCUUGGUCCAAGUGGUGGUGAAGGACCAACUGGACUUCCUGGUCCUCCAGGGCUCCCAGGUCCCACAGGACUCCCUGGGAUUUCAAAACCAGGAGGUCAGGGGCUACCAGGACAGCAAGGUAUUCUAGGAGAGCCUGGCCAAAAAGGUCCACCUGGGCUUCCUGGUCCUCAAGGCCCGAAGGGAGACAAAGGACUUGGCCUACCCGGUUUUCCAGGUUUGAAAGGACCCCCUGGACCACCAGGUCCACCCGGACAAACGGGCAUCCCUGGAAUUGCUAAACCUGGCAUGAAUGGCCUCCCUGGGCAGCCAGGGAUACCAGGAAAACCUGGCCCUCCUGGAGAACCAGGAUUGGCAGGGUCACCUGGUGAUCGAGGUCAACCAGGACCACCAGGGAUACCAGGAAUUGGAAAACCAGGAAAAGAUGGAUUUAGAGGGCAACCGGGGAUUUCUGGAGGUAAAGGGGAACCAGGGCCUCCUGGAUUACAAGGGGGUCCAGGCAUGCCAGGUUAUGGUAAACCAGGGUUUCCAGGACCCAAGGGACAUAAGGGACAUGCUGGUCUUCCUGGACCACCAGGUCCAAAAGGCGAUAAAGGUCAUGGAGGUCUUCCAGGGGUCAUCGGUCCCACUGGUCAAAGUGGAAUUCCUGGCCCACCAGGUCCAAUAGGGCCCCCUGGUAGUCUUGGAUUCCCCGGACAAAAGGGAGAAGAUGGUGAUGGCGGAUUGAGAGGAAAUCCAGGAACAAAGGGUGACAUGGGGCCUCCAGGUCUUCCAGGGCAGCCUGGUAGGUCAGGAGAGGGUGGACAGACAGGUUCAAGAGGUUUACAAGGGCCCAUUGGACCUAAAGGAGAAGCUGGUAUGAGGGGUUUACCUGGUACCCCAGGUGCUGCAGGGUUACCAGGACCACGAGGAGAGGGGGGACAUCCUGGAGAGAAAGGCCACCAGGGACCCCAGGGUAUUCCAGGACUUACAGGUCCAGGGGGACCACUUGGACCUCCUGGGCUUCCCGGGCAUAAAGGUGAAACAGGCCCACUUGGUAAACCUGGCUACCCAGGAGAGGGAAACCCAGGACCCCCUGGUCAUAUUGGUCCUCAAGGUAAUCCUGGUCCUAGCGGUCCUCCUGGUCUUCCGGGGCAACCAGGGCAACCUGGGCCCCCGGGUCCUCCAGGUCUGCCUGCUGCUUAUCCUGACCUCGGACAGAUCCUCCCUGUCACUGCCACCAACAAUGGCCAAAAACAAGGUUAUAAGAAACCAAACAACGGAGGUGAAAUUGGUGGAACGGGCCAGGAGAUGCCUGCCUUCUCAGCCAAGCUCACAAAUCCAUUCCCUCUUGUUGGCUCUCCCUUGGUCUUUGACAAACUCCUGCACAACGGCAAUCAGGACUAUAACCCCCAAACUGGUAUUUUCACCUGCAGCAUACCAGGGAUCUACUACUUUGCUUACCAUGUCCACUGCAAAGGAGGCAACGUGUGGGUGGCAUUAAUGAAGAACAACGAGCCAGUAAUGUACACGUAUGACGAGUACACAAAGGGCUUGCUGGAUCAGGCUUCAGGGAGCGCAGUACUUCCGUUACGAAAAGGAGACACUGUGCACAUGCAGCUGCCAUCAGACCAGGCUUCAGGACUUUAUGCUAGUCAGUAUGUCCACUCCACGUUUUCUGGGUACUUAUUGUACCCAAUGUAAGGGAUGUGUAUAACAAGGCCAAUAACAACGUUAUUACACUCCAGGUACAGGGUAGGACAAGGAAGGAAGUUUACAAUGAGUUGUGGCAGAAUAAUCUUCGAUUGUAGCAACAUGCUUCAUUGAAUUAUUCUUUGGAUUUUGCGCAUCACGUGUGUUGACUUACCCCAAUCGAGUCUCAGUGAGAGCAGUUGAACAUGAUGGGACAAGUAUGCAUACAGCUACCGUGUUGGACCAUGUGGUUAUUGGCUAUGACAUAAAGAAAGCAAAGGCUCGUGAGGGUUCUUGGUUGUGAAAAGCAGAGGUCCAAAAGAUAACAGAAGAUCUCAUUUGUCAUGUUUCUUGUAUGUUUACAUGUUGCAUUUAUUCUUGUAUCUAACCACACACAGUAUAUCAGUGUACAUGGUAUGGCUGAAAUAGUUCAUUGAAGGUUUAUGCUGCAAACUCGUAUCGACUUUUUUAUUCAUAUAAGAUAACAGAAUAGCAUUUUUUAACUUUUGCUUUACAGUUAUAAACUGUACACUUGGCACAUAAAACACAUGAGAUUCAUGUCCAUUUUCCCCCAUUUCCAAAAUCCAUUUAGCUGUGAUCGAGGUUCUGUAUUUGGGGUUAUCGUGCAGUUAUUAAGUUAUUGUUCGUGUUUUUAUGUUUUUUAGUACAUGCAACGUUUUAUUACAAGAUCUUCAUCCACAUUUUAUAAUAAAUGUUGACUUGACAGUCAGAUAACUCUGGGUGACUAGUUUAUGUAAUGUCAAACCAUAUCUCAGUCCAGAGCAGAAUAGGGGAAAAAAAAAAAACAAACCUUUGCAGUUUUGCCCACCAGUCUUUUCAUUUUACCUUUUGGUGUCUUGCUUUAAUUGUGAUAGAUAUGAAACAAAAACUGUUUGUUUGUUUUUUGUCAGUAUUCUCUGUAAUUUAUGUGUUUGACUACUGAUUACUUGGAUCUGUCCUGUUUGUUGAACAGUCAAUGCAUAACACAACUUGUACACUCGGUUGCAUAAAAAUAACACAUAUAUGCCAAAAUAUGUUCACGCUCAUACCCAGUCAUAGCAAAAUGUGUAUGUUUUCUUUUUGUUUGUUUGUUUUCAGUUUUGUACUUUAUUUCUACAAACUGUGGAUGUGCCAUUUUGGAAUGGAGUUUUUUUUUCUUCCUUUUUGUCUUUACUUUGGACACCGGUGUGCAGAAUUAAAUGAAAAACUGUGGCCAAAGUACAUGAAUUUUGAUCGUCAUUGUUUUUGACUGUUUAGACUUAUUAAAGGAAUAAACGCAUGACUUGUC